UGAAAUUGUGUGUAGAUGAUAUCUGAUUUUUAAUAUUAGAAAAACAAACAAUAAUAAUAUUUAUUUGUUCUCUCUUCCUAUUCGACCCUUUAUGUCUCUGUCUCUGUCUUAGCUCUGCAUCUUCACCACAACCUUGUUUCAACUUCAACUCUAAACUUCAACUACGCGUUAUCUCUAAGAUCCAAUACUUUAUCUUUUUCAAUUCACUACCAAUUUCUCAAUUUUUAACAUACAUUUCGACAAUUCCGCCGCUAUUUUUUUCGGGGUUUUCGAUUGUAACAUACUUUGUUUGUUGUAUUCUAGUACGUGUGUUCCUGUUUUUCCUUACCUUUCAAUCGAAACAGCUUUAUUUGUUUCUUAACUUAACUGGGUCGUGUUUUUUAUUGAUUUAUAUUCUUUCUAGAAUCUCAAGUUUUAAUCUUUUGAUUUUUUUCCUUGUUGCGGAUUUGGGUUUUUCUUUUUGCCUUCUGGGGAAUAUAAAUUAUAACCCUUUUGAAGUUGGAGUUUGAGUUAUCUUGAUUUGAAUUAAGAAAUCAUUUGGAGGUUUUUUUUUUUAUGCUUUGGUUGCAAAGAUGCAUCCUGAUCAAAGAAAAAAGUCAUCUGUGGAUGUGGAUUUCUUUACUGAAUACGGCGAAGGGAGCAGAUACAAAAUAGAGGAAGUGAUUGGUAAAGGAAGCUACGGUGUUGUUUGUUCUGCAUAUGAUACACACACCGGAGAAAAAGUUGCUAUAAAAAAAAUCAAUGACAUAUUUGAACAUGUAUCUGAUGCAACUCGCAUUCUUCGUGAGAUUAAGCUUCUUAGAUUAUUACGCCAUCCGGAUAUUGUGGAAAUCAAGCAUAUUUUGUUACCUCCUUCAAGAAGGGAAUUUAAAGAUAUAUAUGUUGUUUUUGAACUCAUGGAAUCUGAUUUACAUCAGGUCAUCAAAGCAAAUGAUGAUCUGACACCAGAGCAUUACCAGUUUUUCCUCUAUCAGCUUCUACGAGGCUUGAAGUUUAUACACACAGCAAAUGUUUUUCACCGAGAUUUAAAGCCAAAAAACAUUUUGGCGAAUGCCGACUGCAAACUGAAGAUUUGUGACUUCGGUCUUGCUAGAGUAGCUUUUAAUGAUACACCGACUGCAAUAUUCUGGACAGAUUAUGUCGCAACAAGGUGGUAUAGAGCUCCCGAGUUGUGUGGAUCCUUUUUCUCCAAGUAUACACCAGCUAUAGACAUAUGGAGCAUUGGAUGCAUUUUCGCAGAACUAUUAACUGGAAAACCUCUUUUCCCUGGGAAGAAUGUUGUCCACCAACUGGAUAUCAUGACUGAUUUUCUUGGAACACCAUCUCCCGACGCCAUUGCAAGGGUACGGAAUGAGAAAGCUCGGAGAUACUUGAGCAGCAUGCGUAAGAAGAGGCCAGUUCCUUUCUCGCAGAAAUUUCCUAAUACAGACCCCCUUGCUCUUCGCCUAUUAGAAAGAAUGUUGGCAUUUGAGGCUAAGGAUCGGCCUACUGCUGAAGAGGCCCUAGCAGAUCCAUAUUUUAAAGGCUUGGCCAAGGUCGAAAGAGAACCUUCUGCUCAGCCCGUUACUAAGAUGGAAUUUGAAUUUGAGAGGCGGAGGAUAACAAAGGAAGAUGUACGAGAACUUAUAUACCGAGAAAUAUUGGAGUACCAUCCGAAGAUGUUAAAGGAAUUUCUAGAGGGAGCAGAGCCAACGGGUUUCAUGUAUCCAAGUGCUGUAGACCUUUUCAAGAAGCAAUUUGCAUAUCUUGAGGAGCAUUAUGGAAAAGGAGGAACUGUUGCUCCACCUGAGAGGCAACACGCAUCUUCGUUGCCUAGAGCAUGUGUGUUGUAUUCUGAUAACACGAUGCAUAAUACGGCUGAGGUUGCAGACAAUCUAUCCAAAUGUUGCAUCAAAGAAGUUGAGCAACAACCUGUAGAUAGGAGCAGUGCUAUUCUUCCAAUGACUCAGCUUCCUUUACAAGCUCCUCAAAAUAUGCAAGGUCUUGCUGCAAGGCCUGGGAAAGUUGUUGGUUCCGCAAUGCGUUACAACAACUGUGGGGUGGCAGUGGUGGCAGAAACCGAACAGCGGAGGGUGGUUAGGAAUCCAUCUGUUACGGCUCAAUACGUUGCUUCGAACGGUUCAUAUCCGAGGAGAAAUCCAAACUAUAAAAAUGAGACGGCAGAUGAUGAUGGGAUUGAAGGUUCUAAUGGGCUUCAGCCAAAACCUCAAUACAUAGCAAGAAAAGUUGCUGCUGCUCAAGGCGGAGCAGGUGGCCAGUGGUAUUGAUCUUUUGAUAUAAUGUUGAAUAUAUAGAAAAUCAAUACCGAAUAUUGAUACAUGGAGAAAAUCAAUACCGAAUAUUGAUACAUGGAUUUCAUGUGCUACACCAAAUCUUGAUCUUCUGAACUGCAAAACUUUGAAGUGGCAUAACCUUGACAAUGAUCAACCAGAGGUAGAGAGAGCUUUGAGAAGUGAGUUUCUGGCGGACGAUUUCAUCAAUUGAAAAUUUGGAACGGUGAUCGACACGGUCCAAUUGAUGAUUUUCUUACACUCUACUCUAAUUUGUUAAAUUACAGAAACACAAUAGACCUGAUAACUCAUGAACUUGAAGGUAGAGCAGUUGCUUUACUGCAGAAUUGAAGUUGUUACUUAUCUUGAGUACAACUAUAAAGAUAAUGUAUUUUAAAAAAAGAGAUUAAUUUGUAGUCAAAAUCAUAAACUCCUCUCUCCCUCUUUGAGUAAAUUGAUUUGGUGUUAA